UUUCUCCUCUCCUCUCCUCUCUCACGCUGCAGUUUUCCACAAGUUCAUCAAACAACCGCAGUAAGAAUAUUUCAUCAAGCACGGUGAGUAAUGGCUUCUCCUACAAUUGUUAUUUGCACCUCUUGCCACAUGUACAGUUUAUCUAUCUCUGUCGCUGAUGAGGGAUUCACAUGUGAUAAAUGCAGGGAAACAGUUAGGCUGACAGAGAAGAUUUCAGAAUUAGAGACACGCAUCCAAACUUUAAUUGAGGACAGUAAGAAUGUUAGGGCUCUAGAUAUGGCUUUGGAUGCGUCUAGCUCAGGGAUUCCUGUACAUUGUCCGGUUCCAGCAGAGCCCCUGCAGCAGGGCAACUGGGUGACGGUGAGGCAGCGUAGUCGUGGGUCAAAACACCGCUCUUCUGUUCCGAUCAAAACAUUAAACAGGUUCUCCCCACUCAGUGAUGCACCCACUGAGAAACCUGAUGAAAGUGCUCUAGUUAUUGGCGAUUCUAUUGUACGGAACGUGAAUAUAGAGACACCAGCCACCAUAGUCAAAUGUUUACCGGGAGCCAGAGCGCCUGACAUCUUGGCAAAUUUAAAAGUGCUGGCUAAUGCUAAACGUAAAUACAGUAAGAUUGUUAUUCAUGCCGGCGCUAAUGAUGUUCGACUUCGCCAGUCGGAGAUCACUAAAAAUAACUUUAAAGAGGUGUGUGAACUUGCAAGCACGAUGUCAGACACUGUAAUAUGCUCUGGUCCCCUGCCUGCUUACCGUGGUGAUGAGAUGCAUAGCAGAUUGUCAUCACUCAAUGGCUGGAUGUCUAAGUGGUGCCCACAGAAUAACAUAGGUUAUAUAGACAAUUGGACGAGCUUUUGGGGCAGACCUGACCUGUUUAAAAGAGAUGGUCUUCAUCCCUCCUGGGGUGGCGCCACUCUUCUGUCUAGAAAUAUGGCAAAUAGUCUUAGUGUUUAUACUUGACUAACUGGGGCCCAGGUCAGGAAGCAGACAGACUGGCUAAACCGACCGUCUGCUAGCUGCCUCCCGUCACAGAGGUCAGUUAAUUUUCAGCACAUAGAGACUCUUUCACCUAGUUAUCACACUAUAGAGACUGUGUCUGUUCCACGAACUAGAAAAUACAAAAAACGUCCAAACCAAGUUAAGGUUAACAAUUUAAUUGAGGUUCAACAAAUAAAAAACAAAUGCAAUAUGGAUAAACAAAUGAUAAAGAUUGGCUUAUUGAAUAUCAGAUCCAUUUCUACGAAAACACUUUUUGUAAAUAUUAUGAUAACUGAUCAUAAUAUAGAUGUGCUCUGCUUGACAGAAACCUGGCUAAAACCUGAUGAUUACAUUAUUUUAAAUGAGUCCACCCCCCAAGAUUAUUGUUAUAAACACGAGCCGCGUCUAAAAGGCAAAGGGGGAGGUUUUGCUUCAAUUUAUAAUAACGUUUUCAGGAUUUCUCAGAGGGCAGGCUUCAAGUAUAACUCGUUUGAAGUAAUGGUGCUUCAUAUAACAUUAUCCAGAGAAACCAAUGUUAAUGAUAAAUCCCCUGUUAUGUUUGUACUGGUUACUGUAUACAGGCCACCAGGGCACCAUACAGACUUUAUUAAAGAGUUUGGUGAUUUUACAUCCGAGUUAGUUCUGGCUGCAGAUAAAGUCUUAAUAGUUGGUGAUUUUAAUAUCCAUGUCGAUAAUGAAAAAGAUGUAUUGGGAUCAGCAUUUAUAGACAUUCUGAACUCUAUUGGUGUUAGACAACACGUUUCAGGACCUACUCAUUGUCGAAAUCAUACUCUAGAUUUAAUACUGUCACAUGGAAUUGAUGUUGAUAGUGUUGAAAUUAUUCAGCCAAGUGAUGAUGUCUCAGAUCAUUAUUUAGUUCUGUGUAAACUUCAUAUAGCCAAAAUUGUAAAUUCUACUUCUUGUUACAAGUAUCGAAGAACCAUCACUUCUACCACAAAAGACAGCUUUUUAAGUUAUCUUCCUGAUGUAUCC